UUGUUCAACGGAUGGCCGGGCUACGACCAUCUGGGCAUGUACGUAUUAGCACUGGCGGUGGUCUUUUUCCUCGCCCUCACCGUCGAAUGGCUCUCCCACUGCAACAUCCUCCGGCCGGAAACCGCCUCCAACCGGCGGGGGGCGGCGGCGGCGAUUGGGGUGAUGCAGACGGUGUUAUAUGCAGUGAGGAUUGGGUUGGCGUACCUUGUUAUGCUCGCCGUCAUGUCUUUCAACGCCGGUGUGUUUCUUGUUGCUAUUGCCGGACACGGUGUCGGAUUUUUCUUGUUUGGGAGUAGGGCUUUUAACAAACAGAAUCAUUCUUCCGGCAAAACUUCUGAUCUUCCGCCGAUGAACUGUUGAUGUAGCUUCUGAAAAUUUUUGUAACUCCUUCCGCUUCCACUAUUUUACCAUUUUUUUUUUCACAAAA